AUGUCCUCGACGGAUAACCGCGACAUCCUGCUCGACGCCGGGCUCCCUAACACCGAGGCUAUGUCGCUCGCCAACUACACAUUUCCCAAGGAGAGAUUGAAGAAGACGCUGUCAAACCCCAAGAAGCAGCCCCUCGUGCUCGUAUCAUGUGGUUCCUUCUCUCCGCCGACCAAUCUACACUUGCGCAUGUUUGAAGAGGCGGCCGACUAUUGCGAGUUCGAGACCGACUAUGAAGUUGUUGGCGGCUUCUUCAGCCCUGUCGGCGACGCAUACAAGAAAGCCGGACUGGCUUCCGCACAGCACAGGAUCAACAUGACGAGGAUCGCCGUACAGGACAGCUCGACUUGGAUCGGUGUUGACCCGUGGGAGCCGCUGCACAAGGAGUAUCUUCCAACUGUCAAGGUGCUCGACCACUUUGACCACGAGCUUAACGAGGUUAUGGGAGGAAUAGCGAGCGAGAAUGGCGAAAAGCGACGCAUUCAUGUGGCGCUCCUCGCAGGCGCCGACCUUAUCCAGACGAUGAGCACGCCCGGCCUCUGGGCUCGCGAGGAUUUGAGCAGGAUCUUGGGUCACUACGGUGCUUUUAUCCUCGAGCGCAGUGGUACUGAUAUUGACGAUGCGCUCGUACAGCUCCAGCAGUGGAGAGAGAACAUUCGCGUGAUCCCGCAACUCAUCCAGAACGACGUCUCGUCCACCAAGAUCCGGCUCUUCCGCAAGCGGGGUAAGAGCAUCCGCUACUACAUCCCCGACAAGGUCGUCGACUACAUCUACGAACACGGCCUCUACAGCGACGACGAGAAGAAAGUGGCAGACAAGGGGAAAGAGGGAGCAUCUUCCGAAGCUACUGAGUCCUCACAAAGUGUUUCGGCUUCUUGA